GUGAACGAACGUUACCAACCGUACUCAGCGAAAAACAAAAAUCUUGAAAUUUGGAUUGUCACUCGCGUUCUGCCUCUGAUGCGACAGAAGUUGAAAGGAGUUAGCCCAUAUUCGCAGCCAUACUCUUUGUGGAAGAAAUCAGCGAUCUGAUUCAUUGGAAAAUUGCCUUCGUGGAAGUGAGCAAACUAUGAGCGGACCGAUAUUUGGCAGUAGCAGUGCCCUCGGUGGCAGUUCCGGUGGGAAUCGUCAUCUAGUGGAGUUUCGUGCCGGACGGAUGAAUCUAGUCAACAAAAUGGUUCAUCCGGACAAUCGGAAAGGCCUAGUUUACGUGUACCAAGCGGACGAUGGUCUGAUUCACUUCUGCUGGAAAGAUCGUACUACUGGAAACGUAGAAGACGAUUUGAUCGUCUUUCCCGAUGAUUGCGAAUUUAAGAAGAUCGAAAAUGUCAAGAAUGGACGAGUGUUUUUGUUGAAGUUCAAGAGUUCCAGCCGCCGGUUAUUUUUCUGGAUGCAGGAACCAAAAACGGACAAGGAUGAAGAAUGGUGUCGUCGUAUCAAUGAGGUGAUCAAUAAUCCACCGUCUUCGAACAGCUUAGGAGGUGGUUCUGGCCGCGGGGGAAGUGGCAGCGAUAAUGGAGAUCUGCAGUACCUCAUGCAGAACAUGUCGCAGCAGCAAUUGAUGCAGCUUUUCGGUGGAGUCGGCCAGAUGGGAGGAUUGAGUAGUCUUCUAGGCUCGAUGAGUCGUUCGUCGUCGGGUAACUCGAGCAGCCGUACCAGCGCAACAACUCCUUCCAGCCGCAACACUUUGUCUUCAAGUAACGCAGGCAGCGGAACAGCAGUAACCACACCGACAGCUGCCUCAAACGCUCCCUCCACACCAAGAGCUCCAAGAAAAAAUGCAUCCGAUUCGUCCAAGACAAGUGGAACUACAGCUGCAUCGCAAGCCGCUAGUACCGGCUCUGGAAGCGCAUCUGGUGACGGUGCAAAUCGCGUCCGUUUAGCUGACCUUCAAAACUACCUAGCGGGAAUGAGCCCUGCAGCAGGAGCUGGUGCCGGCGCCGGACAAAGACGUAACGUUGACCUUUCGACUGCUGUUAACUCGGAUUCUCUUUCGUCGGUCAUCACGGUGCCGGAACAAGUGGAAGCCCUAGUCGAACAUCUGCCUCAGAUUGAAGGAGACGACAACAAAAAGCAACAAUUGAAGGAAACCUUAUCAUCACCUCAGUUCCAGCAGGCUCUGUCAAUGUUCUCAAACGCACUCCAGUCGGGUCAGCUGGGUCCAGUAGUUUCUCAAUUUCAGCUCAACGCAGAAGCCGUAGCAGCUGCCAACAGUGGCGAUCUGGAGCAGUUUGUCAAAGCACUGGAGAAUGCUCACAAACCGAGCGACACGGAAAAGGGUAAAUCCACCUCGCCUGCGGAGAAAACCAGUGAAACCAAGGAGGAGAAUGGAACCCAAGCGGCUAAAGCAGACAAAAAGGAGGAUGAUCUAUUGGACUAAAAGAUCUUUUCAACUCCCGUACGGUGCGGGUUCAUAAUUAUAUUCUUUAAAUGAUCUACUGCUGCUUUAAACAAGUGUCGAAACUACUAGGUAUCGUCGCUGGGAGAAUUUCGUAGAGCGGCUGAGACCGAAUAAUCAUAGGUGGUGCCAAUGAAAAAAAAAAAAAUGCAGACAAUGGAUAGUUCUGUCUUCGAUUACUAUCACCUAGAGUUUACGCAGCUGAUUUUAUCCUUUUGUGUUAUAAUUUGAAUCAUUUCAAAAGAAGAAGCGAACAUAGUACUAAUCGCUUCCCAUGAACUGCAAAUUUUGCUGAAGAAACCUAAACUAUUGUAGAGAACAAAUAGGGAUUAAAAAACACGAAAAUAAAUGUUUCAACUAUCAAAUAA